AUCACUUCACUCCACAUAUAUUUGUUUGUUUUCGUUGCUUCUCCAAGCUCCUCAUUCCCACAAUGGAAUGGACAAGAACAAUUCUUGCAAUUGCUGCACUUAUCUUCUUCUUCUUCUUUCAAGCCAAAAUUAGGUCUAAAAAUAAGAGGUUACCACCUGGUCCGAGAGGGCUUCCGAUUCUGGGAAGCCUUUUGAUGAUGGGGACCAAACCAUACCAAACUCUUCAACGAUUAGCCCUCCGGUAUGGCCCCAUCAUGCACUUACGCCUCGGCUUGAUGCCGGUAAUCGUCGUCUCGUCCCCGGAAACUGCCGAGCUGUUCCUCAAGACACAUGACGCUGUUUUCGCUAGCAGGCCGCCUCUAGAAGCGUCCAAGUAUAUUAGUUACAAUCAACAGAACUUGAUAUUAGCCCCAUACGGUUCGUACUGGCGCAACAUCCGCAAGAUGUGCACCUUGGAGUUACUCAGUAACCAAAAGAUUAGUUCUUUCAGGUCCAUGAGGAAACAAGAAGCCGAUCUCUUGGUUCAUCGGAUUCGAGAGGCUGCUGCUGCUGGUGUUGCUGUUGAUCUCACUUCUGAAGUCAACACUUUCAGUGCCGAUGUCUCCUGUAGAAUGGUCAUCGGAAAGAAAUUUAAUCGCGACGGCUUCAGCGAAAGAGGGUUCGAAGCUACCGUCCGAGAGACUAUGCAGAUGGCAUCUGCGUUUAAUUUGGCGGAUUACAUCCCUCAAAUUAGGGGACUCGAUCUUCAAGGGAAAACAAAGCGCAUGAAAGCUAUUUCCAAGGAUUUUGACCACUUCAUUGAGAAGGUACUUGAAGAACAUGUUCAAUCUAAAGAUGAAGACAGAACCAAGGACUUCAUAGAUGUCAUGUUGGGAUUCAUGGGAUCCGAAGAAACCGAGUACCGAGUGGAACGAGACACUAUCAAAGCAAUCAUCUUGGACAUGUUUGUAGCUUCAAUGGAUACAUCGGCGGCUACGAUGGAUUGGACAAUGACGGAACUCAUCAGACAUCCACAUGUGACAAAGAAACUCCAACGAGAACUCGAAGAUGUCGUAGGCACGAAUCGGGAGGUCGAAGAAUCGGAUCUGGAGAAAUUGGAGUACUUGUACAUGGUUAUAAAAGAAAGCUUAAGGCUUCAUCCAGUAGCGCCAUUGAUGGUCCAUGCAGCUAGGGAAGAUUUCACGGUGAACGGCUUUCACAUACCGAAAGACGCUCGCAUCUUUAUAAACGCAUGGGCCAUAAGUCGGGACCAAAGGCUUUGGACCGAUGCGGACAAGUUUCGUCCGGAAAGAUUCGUCGGAAGCAACAUCGAUGUUCGAGGACAAAACUUCGAGCUGAUACCAUUUGGUUCCGGUCGUAGAAUCUGCCCUGGAAUGCAGUUGGGUCUCACCAUCGUUCGGCUUGUGGUGGCACAAUUGGUUCAUUGCUUCGAUUGGAAACUUCCAAACAAUAUGCAGCCAACUGAGUUGGACAUGACGGAGGAGUUCGGCAUCAUUUGUCCUAGAGCCGAUCAUCUUCUAGCCAUACCAGAAUGGCGCCUAAAUACAUGACAUGUUAAUGUCUUUCUAGUGUAACUCAGGCACUCUUUUCCCCUAAUUAGGAUUAGAAGGGGUUUUUAAUGAGGCCCUAUUAUUUAAAAAAAUAAUAAUAUAACUCAUUUAGUUCUUGAA